AUGUCUGGUGUGCGCAAAGACGACGACGACGUCUACGACCGGCAAGAGGCCGCGCUAGACUCCCCGUCCGGUGACGAAAGCGACUUCAGAGCCAUUGACCCGCAUAGCGGUGUCAAGCGAGGGCUUAAAACGCGACAUCUAUCAAUGAUGGCUUUGGCCGGGAUCAUAGGCCCCGGCCUGCUUGUCGGCUCUGGUGGUGCAUUGGCCUCCGGUGGCCCAGCGUCUCUUGUUAUAGGGUUCGGAGUCAUUGGCAUAAUUGCAUUCAGCAUCAUGCAGAGCCUCGGCGAACUUACGACGCUGUAUCCCAGUGGCGGCGCUUUCACGGCAUUGGCAGAUCGGUUCGUGGACAAGGCCUUCGGUGUGGCGGUUGGUUGGAACUAUUACAUUAUCUGGUUCGCCGUGCUCUCUAAUGAGUACAACACCAUCUCGAGCAUUUUCGUCUUCUGGAGCGAUAAGGUGCCUUUGUGGGGGUACUUCUUGAUCUUUUGGUUUGCGUUCUUCGGCUUUCAACUUCUCGGCGUAGAAACGUUUGGCGAAGCCGAGUUUUGGCUUGCUUUAUUGAAAUUGGGCGGGCUGGUUGCCUACUUUCUCUUUUCCAUCAUAUAUGUCUCCGGAGGAAUUCCCGGCGCACCUGCUAUCGGCGGCAAGUACUGGCACGACCCAGGUGCUUUCGUCUCAGGAUUCCGCGGUGUAGCCACCGUCUUCGUGUUUUGUUCGACUUUCUACGCUGGGGUCGAGUCCGUCGCAGUCGCCGCUACAGAGACUAAGAAUCCUCGGGUCGCCGUGCCCCUCGCUAUUCGCCAGGUCUUCUGGCGCAUCAUCUUCAUCUACAUGGGGUCAGCUAUCUUCUUCGGAUUGACAUGCCCAGCCAACGCUACAGGCCUCAUUAAGGCGGGCAGCAGAGCACUCAAGAGCCCAAUGACAAUAGCCAUUCAAAAUGCUGGGUGGGAGUCCGGCUCGCACCUGAUAAACGCCUUCAUUUUCGUCACCUGCCUGAGCGCUGUGAAUAGCUCUAUUUAUAUUGGCUCGCGAACUCUGCUUUUCAUGGCUCAAGAUGGUAAGGCUCCCAAAUUUCUUGGGUGGACUGACUCUCGUGGAGUUCCAAUCCCAGCCAUCGUGUUCACCAACGCAUGUGGUGCGCUGAGUAUGAUGAACGUCAGUACUGGUGCCGGUCAAGCUUACAGCUACAUUGUCAAUCUGAGUGGCGUCUCCACGUUUCUGGUCUGGGGCGCCAUCUCGUUCACUCACAUCCGCUUCCGACGAGCUUGGAAGGCCCAGGGAUAUAGCGUCAACGAUCUCCCAUUCGUCUCAUACCUCUAUCCAUAUAACGCUUAUUUCGGCCUUGGAGCAAACAUAUUCCUGGCGCUCAUACAGGGCUGGACAACACUCUCGCCUUUCAACGCUGGCAACUUCGUCGAUGCAUAUAUCUUGCUGCCAUUGUUUCCAAUCAUUUACUUCGGAUACAAGUUCGUGUUCAAAACAAGGUACUGGAGGUUGCACGAGAUUGACCUCCAGUCGGGACGACGACGAGAUCUUGAGGAGGCGAAGGAGGUUGCUGAGGGUGAUUUUGAUAACGUUCCUCGACCGUGGUGGAAGAGACUUAUGCGAAAUUUCUGA